AUGGCGGCGGAUCCGCGCCCGCCCCGCGCUCUGCGGGGACGCUCGGCCCGGGCUGCGGUGGGACCGGCGCUCGGGCCGCCGGAGCAGAGAUCCGGAUCGGGGGCUGCUCCCGGCGCUGCACGGCGUCCGAGGCGCUUAGGCGGGACCGGGAUCUGGGCCUGGGGAUUUGGGUCCCGGUCCUGCCGGUGCCUGCUGUGGGAGCCGGGCAGAGCCGCUUCUUCCUCGGCGGGCGGGUGUGGGUGGCAGGGCCGGAGGUGCGAGGCGGGAUCGGGGCUGAGGUCGGUCGCGGCAUCGCGCUGGGUAGGAAGAGCCGCUCUGGGACGGGCGCUGCCGCUCCGGCUGCGGCCGGCCCGGGGCUCGGGUCCCGCAGGGGAUCGGGUCCCGUUCUCGCUGUGGCCGCGGGGAGCCGGGGCUGUGCCGGUGCCGGGACCCCAUCGGCACCACCGCUCCCGCAGCGCCGCCUCCGGCCCCGCGGGAGGACACGGAGCCGCCCCGCAGCCCCCGCAGGAUGCCGAGCCCCCCCGCCCCGGUAGCCCCGUGGCCACCGCGCUCCCCUGCGAGCAGCAGCGCCUGCCUCCCCCUCCCCGUGUCCGCAUCCCUCGGGACCCCCGCCGAACGGGCGGGGUUGCAGCGCUGGGGCUGCUGCUCCCGCUCCGACUGUGCCCGGUGCGGGGCUGGAGGAGCCCGGAGCCCCCGCAGGGCAGAGACCACCUCCUGUCCUUGGCUCUGCAGGGCAGGAGCUGCCGUGCCCUGCCCGUGGCACGCAGUGUGCCAAACGCACGUCCCGGCACGGGCACUGGAGCACCAGACAGCGCGGGCACAGACACGGCUAAAGGGCUGCCUGUGGCUCCUCAGCCAGGGACUGCUCUGAACAGGCAUGCAGGGAUGCUUCAGCCCGGACAGACACCACCGACAGCCCAGAAGGACCCCAAGGAACGGCUGGCAUUACCUGGGAAUGGAGGCACGGCCGUUUGCAGAGGGGCUCUGACAGCAAUUCCUGUUUCUGACCUCCCUGAGCUCCCACACAGCUGCCAGAUACUAAAUCCCAAGCAAUAGGCCUCAGAGAUGCCUUAAAAUCAGAGGUUCGAGUGGGAUGACAUUUGGAAAUUUUCAGGGAGCCAGCUGGAAGUGCAGAAGCAAUGGAAAACUUUCACAGGUGGGUCCCACUGGAGGUGUGCUGAAGGCAGGGAUGUGCAUCUCUUUCCUGAGGGAAAAGGACAUGCUGAGGCCACUGCUGAGGCUCUGAAAGGAGCUGAGCUUCUGCAGGAGAGAUGUACUGCCUCAGCACAGGCCGGGAGCACAUCCAGCCACCGCCUUGUCCCGCUUUAAAAUAUCAGCUGGAGCUUGAGCCCCGGGGGGUGAAAUCAGCUGAAUUCCAGGGAACUCUGUCAAGUGACCCCAGAGACAUCCCUGGGGCUGGGGGAUGAGGGUUUUAAAUAGCAAGUUCUAUAGAAUAGAGACCUGUCCUUGUCCCACUGAGCUUCCCUGGACCUCUGCUGGUUCCUGACACAGCUGGUGUUAAAGUGGCAGCUCUGCAUGGGAAUUUCCACUCUCCACGAGGCACUGCCAGGUUAUUCCAGCAGGAAUUCAGCAGGGAAUUUGGGGCUGUGGGUAUAAUUCAUCUGACCUCGCAAAGCUGAUACUGAACCUCAAAUCUGGGCACCACACAGAGAACAAUCUUUGUGCUAAAGCCCCUGGACUGGGAAAUGUCAGCAGCCAAAUGUAUGGAAUGAUCUAAAUCCCAGCAGCCAGCAUCCUCCAGAGGGACAAUCCAAGUGCCAGGGUGGGAGCCCAUGUCCUUCCCCUGCUGCUGGUGGGACAAAUUCCCCUCGGCACAGUUGGCUGGGCGGGAGCUGAGAGCAGGAGGGGCAGGAGCGCAGAUGGGAGAUGAGGCGACUGGAAUGUCACCUGGAUCAGCUGAACACGUUCUGUCCCUGCAAGAGCCAGGAGCCAAAGCAGAUCCCUCCUGGCCGGGAUGGAUGGGAGAUGAGGCUGCUGGAAUGUCACCUGAAUCAGCUGAACACAUUCUUUCUCUACAGAAGCCAGGAGCCAAAGCAGAUCCCUCCUGCUUUGGUGGGCAGCUGCUGGAUCUGCUCUGGGGGAAAACUCCCUGCCCCUGCCAGGAGCGCUGACUCUGCUUUUCCUCCAGCUCCUGAGCAGUGCCAGGGCCACCGUGAGGGAGUUCAAACCCAAAAAAAUCCCACAGCCCACGGAGUGAAUGAUCCCAGCAGAGAAACGCAGCAUUGUAAAUAAAAAACUUAAGAGCUCUGUUAAAAAGCCUAUGACAACACUGUAAUGGGAUUCCCAGGAACCUUCUGGUUUGCUCUUGGAAUGCUCUUGGUUCUGUUUUUAUGUAUUUUUAGUCCCUCAACGGACAGCUUGUAGAAUUUAUUCUGGGAUUUAGAGGUUGAGCAGGGUUGGCUCUGGAUUGACCUUCACCUCUGGUGCCACUUUGUCCAAACACAACUUGGCCAGGCCGGGUGAACUCACAACCUCAGCUUUCCCCUCCAAAAUAUCCCUUACUUAUUUCCCUGCAGACAAACUCAGAUUUUGCCCCAGACUGUCACUCCUCACCUCCCCUUGCCCACACAGUGUCCAUUCUCUUCCCCACAGUGCCCUGGUGACACCAGGGAGGUCCCUUUGCCUUUCUCCUGCUCCUUUCCAGCCCGAGGCCGCUGUGGGGCACAAGAGGGGAAAGGAUCCAGAAAACCUUUCUGCAAUUAAUCAACAAUUAUUUCCAAUUCACCAGUGGGAAGAAUAUGAACUCACGAGGCCUGACAGGUUCCUGCAGUGACAGGUUCCUCAGCGCCUGUCUGCCGAGCUAAGUACAGCAUCUGAAAGGAAAAAACCACAGGAGAAAAAUGUGAUUUAUUUUGCUUCAAAGUUAUUUCAAGUUCUUAAAGCCCAACCAACUUUUGCUGUUGAUUUUGGUUGGGUGAAACAUGAGCACUGGGGAGAGAUCAUGCCAUUGAUGCCAAUGUGCGUGAUGAUUUCUGGGGGCAGAAAAAGUAGAUUAAGCUCACCUUAUGUCAAGCAGUUAUUAAAAAAUAUUUAUAACUGAAACUUACAAAUAAAAGAAACAUAACACCCUUUAA